UGAUGACGAGACGUAGCUCUGAAAACAAAAACAGAAAGUUGCUUGCUUUGCUUGCGUCCAUCGUUCGCAGUUAAAUUUUAAGUUUGUACAGAAAAUUGCAGAAGUUUCUAAUGGAGUAAUUGUCCGUAUCUACCAGCCCAAUCUAUGGAAGCGAAGCUGAACAGUUAUCGUUCGCAAAAACGACGCCAGGCGAUCCUGAAUUCCUUCAAAGACCGCCUCUACAACAUGGUAUCCUUCCAGCAGGUCCGAGUGGACGAAAAGUCGACCCACGUCAUUGUCGAAGCGGAUACUGAUCCGCAACCAAAGCCAAAAACAGCAAUCACUCCGGUCCACCAAACCAAAGUGCCCAAGAGACCGCGACCGGUAUCGGAAUCGGAUUCGGUUGUCUCGGUAGGAAGCACCGAGUCCUCUCUCGAUUCGGACCAAACGGCAGCUAAUCAUUCCCAGCAAACCCCAAAACCACCCAGAUCGUAUCUGACCUACGUGACCUAUCUGGUGUACUUCCUGUUCUGGGUCACGCUCUACGCAAUCGCCAUCGAGCUGCGAUUCGGAGUGGUUUUCCUGAUGAUCUCCGCUCUGGUAGGAAUCUAUUUCAACACCCGGACGGAGAAAGAACCGGGGGAAAUCAGCGCGUACAGUGUCUUCAACGAGAACUGCGAAUCCAUCGAUGGCACUUUGAAGGCCGAGCAGUUCGAGCGGGAGAUUGGAAUAAGGCACUGAUCCCGGGGGACCUAUUUUUUUUAAACCACUGGUAGAAUAAAUGAGGUGAGUGAUUUUUCUACGAUAAAAAUUUUCACAGGCACAUAACGUUUUAAGCAGUUAGUUUCCUUUUGAGAUGUUAAACGAUCUAUUUAUGAGAAUUUCUUAUAGUAAAAUAUUUACAGUAUA